AUGAUUUCUUCUAAAUAAAAAGAAAUUAUUACUAAGCAACCGCUCAAAAAUAGUUAAGAUGGAAAAAAUAUAGAUGAAAAAGGAAUAUUGUAGCGAGGAACUUAAAAAGAUAAAAUAAUAAAUGCCUCAUAAUUAGAGUAGAAUCCUUUUUCCUAAAAUAAUAUCAGCAUUCUCCUUUUUCAGUGUCAUAUUCAUAUAGUAAAUAUCAAACUAAGGAUUCAAAUAUUGAAAUAUAUACCUAACAAAGAGAGACACAUAAGGAUUUUCAUGAUUCUUUUAUAUUAAAAAGAUUAGUUGAAACGAUCAAACCUAUAUACAUCUUCAUUAUGCCUAUCAAAUUACUAAAACUUAACUCAGAAUCUACAAAUAAAUGAUAUAAUACAUAUUUCAUUUUUAUAGAGCAUCCUUUUCAGUUAAAGUAUAAAAAAUGUGAUAAGAUUGUUGAAAAAUAAAAUAACAGAGAAAUUGAAUGAUAAGUAUAAUAUUUAGAUGGGCAUCCUGAAAAGGAUUAUGUUAUAAAGAUAAAAAUAUGAUCAGUUGUCCAAAAAUGAAAAACGGAACGAAAACAAUAAAUAAUAAUUGCCUUAACACUAAAUUAAUACAAUUUUAAUGAAGAUAGAAAUUUCUAUGAAAAUGACACUUAUCAACUUCCAUUACACUAAGAAAUGAUGAAGCAUCAAUUACACACGUGAAUUAUAGUCGAUUAUUAGAACCAAUGAAGAUAGCAAAUGCUGUAAGAUCCUGAUUAACUCAUCUUAAAUUCUUUUCUUUUGAGAUAAUGGCUAGUUCAUUAGCAUAAAAUAAAAUAUAUAAAACAGAUCCACAAGAUUUAUCCCUCUGUCUUUGAUAUAAAUAAAAUUUAUAUAAGUAAAUGAUGCUAUCUUAGAAGACUCCA